AUGCUUAUUUGGAGUGAAUCUUGUGCUGCUUUUUUCCUCCUUCUGGGCAAACCCAGUAGCCUCAUGGAAAGAGGAAACCAAACAGGAGUUGGGAAUUUUCUCCUCCAGGGAUUCUCAGAGGAACUGAACAUGCAGUCUUUCUUCUUUGGGCUGUUCCUGUCCAUAUUCUUGGUCACCUUCACUGGGAACCUGCUCAUCUUCCUAGCCAUCUGCUCAGACUCCCACCUCCACACACCCAUGUACUUCUUCCUCUCCAACUUGUCCUUUGCUGACAUCUGUUUCACCUCCACCACCAUCCCCAAGAUGCUGCUGAACAUCCAGACUCUGAACAAAACCAUAACAUAUGAAGGAUGCCUCAGCCAGAUUUUUUUUUUCAUUGUAUUUGGAUGCCUGGACAAUUUACUCCUGACCGUAAUGGCCUAUGACCGCUUUGUGGCCAUCUGCCACCCCCUGCACUACUCAGUCAUCAUGAACCCCAGGUUCUGUGGGCUCUUGGCCCUGGGGUCCUGGUGCAUCAGUGUCAUGGGAUCCCUGCUCGAGACCUUGACCCUUUUGGGGCUGUCCUUCUGCAAAAACAUGGAAAUCCCACACUUUUUCUGUGAUCUUCCUGAAGUCCUGAAGCUUUCCUGUUCUGACACCCUCAUCAAUAACAUAGUGGUGUAUUUUGUGACUAUUGUCCUAGGUCUUUUUCCUCUCUCUGGAAUCCUCUUUUCAUAUUCUCAGAUUUUCUCCUCCAUCCUGAGAAUUUCAUCAACCAGGGGCAAGUACAAAGCCUUUUCCACCUGUGGGUCUCAUCUCUCAGUGGUCUCCUUGUUCUAUGGCACAGGCCUUGGGGUCUACCUCAGUUCUGCAGUGACUUCAUCUUCCAGGACAAGUGUGGUGACCUCAGUGAUGUACACUAUUGUCACUCCCAUGCUGAACCCCUUCAUCUACAGCUUGAGGAACAGGGACAUGAUGGGGGCCCUGGCUGCAUUCCUCAGGAAGGUGGUGCCUCUCAGCAUCAAGACCAUUAUAGGACUUUCCUGAGUACCUGGGCACACAAUAC